UCGAUGCGCGAUUUUGGCUUUUACCCUUCUCUCUCGCAUUAAUAAUAAUAAUAAUAAUAUCGUCUCUUCGUGCGUGCGCUCGCGAGUCUUUUUUUUCUUCUUAUUUCUCCCCCGCAGCAUCGUCGGUUCUCCCCUCCACCUCGCACAUCGAUAUCGUUGCAGGGCGGUGGAUGAAAUACACACACCCGCACACCAAAACAUACUACACACCCAAACACACUCACACACGCAUAAUCGAACCGCCUCUGGUUGCUGCUGUUGCGCCGUUUUUGUCACCACCCCCACGCAAUGACUAAAACGCCGCCGACGCGACUACGACGACGUGCCGGCGGCGAGUAGACGAUAAUAUACGCACCGUCGACGCCGCGGCGCUUUUAUUCCGGACGCGCGAUCGACGCUCGUCGCGACGACGACAUUGUUGCUAUUAUUGUUGUUGUUUCGACAAUAAUAACACAGUGGUUGUAAUUACUUCACGUCCGAUAACCGCGACUAUACCAUAUUAUACCGUCGUCGGCGGGAAAUGAUCGACGACGGCAUUUGAUUUCAUUUACGCGCCAAAACCACGGCGGCUGCAGCCAAAGUUGUCGUCGUCUUCGUGUAAUCCAUCGUAAUUUAUAUAGGUACCUAUCAAACAUCCGUUCAUCAAUACGCGUCGCGUUUUAUCGGUUUAGGUACCAUUCAGUUUUGCACACCUACGUCUUGUUCACGUGAUAGUCGAUGAUUUUUUCGCCAGCAAAGGCCAUGGAUUCGGUGACGUCGAUUGGCAGUAACCGGGACGUGGACGGUUUCCGGAAAAAGUACGGUCCCAAGUCGACCGACUCCCUGACGUUCUCUAUCGCCCGCAUCAUGGAACCCGACGUUCGGAAACAGCCCAGUGCACCGGCAGCCGACUACUUCCACGCACUCGAGUCGGCGUUCAAAAAAUACGUGCCGGCGUUCAGAUCCAAUCCGUUGCAAUCCACGCACUGCACGGCCACCGCCAACGAUGGACGGACACCAUUGACAGUUAACAACAACGACCGUUAUCUGUCGACGACGAUGACGACAACGACGACGGCCGUACAGCUGUUUCACUAUCAGCAACAUCCCAGGCUGUCCUGCACCGUUGAAGACAGACCGGCUCAUCCCCGUCCCCAACCACCGCCGUCAUCGUCCGAACUCCCGGCGCUCACUGUACUUCCGGUGAUCCCUGUACUUCCGGUACCACCGCCCCCGACGCCACCAACAUCGCAUCAGAUGACGCUCGGGCGACUCACCGCGACCAAGCCCAUUCAGCCACCACCAUCCAGCACCAAGGAACUGUCGCAGGCGGUUACCUCUGUCACACCGGUUAAAACAUUCACGUGCAACCAUUGCGGAAAAGUGUUCUACGCUCAUUACAACCUGACUAGACACAUGCCUGUUCACACAGGCGCCCGGCCGUUCAUUUGCAAGGUGUGUGGCAAAGGCUUCCGACAAGCGUCCACGCUGUGCCGCCACAAGAUCAUACACACCGAAGAAAAGCCACACACGUGCGCCAUUUGCGGAAAGGCGUUCAACAGGAGUUCGACGUUGAACACGCACACACGGAUACACGCCGGGUACAAGCCGUACACGUGCGAAUACUGUGGCAAGGGAUUUCACCAAAAAGGCAACUACAAGAAUCACAAGCUUACGCACAGCGUGGAAAAGGCGUAUAAAUGCACCGUGUGCCAUAAAGCUUUUCAUCAGGUGUACAACCUGACGUUUCAUAUGCACACGCACAACGACAAGAAACCGUUCACAUGUCACGUCUGUGGCAAAGGGUUUUGCCGGAACUUCGAUCUCAAGAAACACUUGCGCAAACUCCACGACGCCCCUUAUCCGCAGCACCAGUCCGCAGCAAUGGCGCCACAGGCCUCCACAGCCGCACUGACGUCGCAACCGCCUUUGCCACCGCCGCCGCAGAACGUCCGCCACGGCCUUGGAACGUGCGUGCCACAGUUCCAGUCGGUCCAGGCUGGAUCUCAAAGGAACGGAAUCAUGUCAAACAAUUCGCCGCGCCACUACUGAUUCCCAACGGGAGUUGGUUAGGUGAGGCGGUCGUCCGUCGGGCGAAUUUCUUAUAUCGUGUACAAUACUUAUAUUUAUGUGUAAUCAAGCCCAAAGACCACAAUAAUAUAUAAUAACAUAUUAUUAUUAUAUUAUAUUAUGGUUACCUACCUAUUUUUCUUACAAUAUUUAUGUCGAUAUUACGUCGACUUUGUAUUUUUGUCCUGGAACUCGAUAAGUACCCUCGUGUUUUGAACGAAUAUGAUGUUUGGUCUAGUUACAUUUUUAACGUAGGUACAAUACCUACAUUGUAGGGAACUACUCACAACCGCGGAUAUUAUACUUAAUAAUUGUUAGUUAUUACUUAUACUUAUACUAUAUGGUUAGAUGUAGGUACUAAGUUACACUAGCUUAGGCAUAGGCGUAAACUGGAUGGGGGAAAGAGGGGGCAACUGCCCCCUUUCAAAAAACUUAACGGGGGGUCCCUUGGUAUUUUGUAAAUUAAUUUUAAAAAUAUAAUCAAAAAAGCAUUUUUAAUUUGUAAAAAUUAUUUUUUCAAGAAAACUGAAAAGUAUAAUAUUUUAAAAAGAUUAACUAAAGAAAACAAAAUGAAUAACCAAAAUGUUUUUAUUCAUUGCCAUUUAUUUUUACAUAUGCGAUAUGCCAUCGUAAUACAUCGCGAUAACAGAAUUUAAUCUAUUAUCAUAAUUAUAGAGUAAAAACAAAACCAAACAGCAAACUGCAGUCUGCUGUGUUCUGAAAAAUCUUUAAGGUUCGGUAAAAUCUUAGUUCAUAUACUAUGGAUGGAGCCACAGCGUAUUAUUUUGUUGCCGAUAUUAGCGACAUGUGCACAUGCGCGAUGGAACUCCUCGCAUAAUUAUCCAUAAAUCAUAGUUCGUGGUUAAUUAUAUUAUUUAAAGUAGACAUUAUACUAUUUUUUCAAUAUAAUAUUAUAUUUAAACAUAUAUGAUGAUUUGAUAACAAAUUAUCUGUGGAUAAAAUAUAUGCAAGAAGCGACUCGUUGAUAUUGGCAAAACAUUUUUGUAUUGGUAUAUUACGCUGUAGCUCUAUCCAUAAUGCAUAGAAUAGUAAGUUUUAUUUAGCUUAGAUAAUAAUAUUAUUAUGUUAUGCUUUCCAGUUUCCACUGAUUAAGUAUAUAUUUAGACAUUUAGUCUCCAGAUAUCUUUAAGUAUACGGUAUAUCGACAUAAAAUAAAGUUUGCCCCCC